AUGACGGCUUCAAUUCCAAUAUCUUCUUCUUUUGACCCUGAUAGAAACGAACCCUUUAAGUGUCAUAAGUUUAAGAGGCGUUGCCCAAUUAACUACUUUUACAUUCCCAUCGAAUGUCCUCAUAUGUUGAAAUGUCUUGAUGGUCGAUGUCCACUAUCUCACAGCACUUAUGAAGUUAUUUUUCACCCUAUUUUACAUAAGACAAAGAGGUGUACCCUGGCCUUCAAGAACAAAUGCAAGCUUGAGAAGAAGUGCGCCUUUUACCACGGUGAAAAUGACAGACUGAGUUCUUACCUGUCAUGGCUAGUUUGGGAGAAACACUGGGGAAUGAACUCAGAAAACGUUAUACCAAUUCUUCAAAAGUUUGGCCUGUCGAGCAGACUAAUAUCCAAAUUUGUGCUCAUGAUUAACAUAAGAAGUAGUCAGAAAUCAGUCCUAUCAUUGAAUUCAGAUGUUACAGACUAUAUAAAGGUUCUUGAGGAUGAAUUAAACGAUUUGAUAUCAACAUGUAAAAGUACAUUGGACAACCAGAAUAACCACAGUUAUGAAUCCAUUGUAAUAUGA